AUGCAAGCCGAGCAAAAAGUCGCUCCAGGCCAAGAGUGCAAGCUCUUGGAUGGCGAAUUCGCCGCACUGCUCCAAGUGCUGCUGGGCCUCAUCGCUCUCUCUGUGCUCAUCCUCAAGCGCUUGCGUGAAGUCCCUCGACGCCCGUUGCUCGUGUGGGCGCUCGACGCGUCCAAGCAGAUGAUUGGCGCGACGUUUGCACAUGUCGCAAAUUUAGGGAUUGCGCUGCUCCUGUAUUCGCACCAGCAAUCAAUCGACAAGGCUGAGGGCGAGCUUGUGGACCAAUGUGCACUGUAUUUUGUGAAUUUCACGCUCGACACGACGUUUGGCGUGGUGCUCAACUACUUGUUGCUCUCGGCGCUUGCGCUCGUGGCGCUUCGCUGGAGCUGGUCGGCUCUGCAGACAAGUGGAGACUAUGGCACGCCGGUGCAAGGGCGGACGUGGCUCUUGCAAGUACUGUCGUGGAUUGCGGUCAUUUUCACGUGCAAGAUGGUGAUUGCAGCAGUGAUAUUGGCGUUCCAGAAACCUCUUGGGGCCUUGGCCGUGCUGCUGUUUAAGCCACUCGAGAAGUAUCCGGACGUUGAGCUGGUGCUCGUCAUGAUCGCCUGUCCUUGUCUGAUGAACGCCAUGCAAUUUUGGAUCCAAGACAGUUUCCUGAAAAAGGAUGUGCGUGACGAGAGCGUUGUCGUGGCUCAGGCAGCGCAGUCGCCUCCCGACCGUUUAGACGGCGGGUCGAGCAAGUUGCCGGCUAUAGACACACCCGCGAACGAGCAGUGCAGUGGACCUGGAAAAAGCGAGCUGGAACUUGCUGUUGUUGAGCAGGUUGACAAGCAAGAAGCAGAGUCGGAGACGACGAAGGAGUCAGCUUGA